AAGAAGGCUUUGUCCAAUUGCCUGGCGAGUGGGGAAAGAAAGACGUGGUCCCUAUCUAGUCAACCUGACGUGUUCUUGAUUCCUCACAGCUUAUUCUAAUGCGAGGAGCGGUGUAGCUCUAGCUAGUCAGAUUCCAGCAAUAAUUUGGCUGUGGCUCGCCUGCGGUUGCUGAUUCUGCAUAGCAUUCAAGCCAUGACGAGCACAUAAAGUACCCAUUUCCACAGCCACUCGCCGUUCUGCUGAAUUGUUCGGGGCACCAUGAGGCGAAAUAGUAUCUUGCUUGUUUGCUUUAGUCUACGCCCCUAUGACGGUCUCAAGGAAAUAUUGCCCAGCCGUCGUGGUUGUUGAUUUCAUACACUAUUGUUCCCUGGAAAAGGAAAGAACCAGCUCUGAGAUUCCAAGAUUAUUUUUUCCUAAUUCUUUACGUCCUCGCCUCGGUCUCUGAGUUCAUAAGAAACUCGAGAUAUCUAAGAUACCGCGGUGCCCGGUACCAGCUUCGCUUUCGAUCCAAGAUAUAAAAGAAAAUUUGGGGAAAGGAGCAACUUUGAAGCUACCCUGGCGGAAGAAUCGACUGAAAGUGGCAGGGUGAAGGAUCCACUCACUGACGGGGAAAGAUGCGGCCUUACUUUGAUCCGGAGUAUGAGAACUUCAAUCAGCGCAUCAACCCUCCUCGGGUCUGCAUCGACAACAACACAUGCCGCGACUGCACCCUAGUGAAGGUGGACAGCAUGAACAAGAAUGGCAUUCUGCUGGAGGUGGUGCAGGUCCUGAGCGAUCUUGACCUCACCAUCUUGAAAGCGUACAUCACCUCGGAUGGCGGAUGGUUCAUGGACGUGUUCCAUGUGCUGGAUAAGCAAGGGCACAAGGUGACCGAUGAGAAGACCAUUCAGUACAUCGAGAAGGCCUUAGGACCGGGCAGCAACAUACCCGGCGCGACCAAGGGCAGCAAUUCGCCUGGGAGAUCAGUCGGGAUGCACUCGAUCGGCGACCACACCGCCAUCGAGCUCAAGGGGGCCGACAGGACGGGCCUUCUCUCGGAGAUCUUUGCCGUCCUGGCGGAGCUCCAGUGCAACGUCAUGGCAGCCGAGGUCUGGACGCACAGGACGAGGGUGGCCUGCGUGGUGUACGUCAACGACGUGUCCUCGGGCCAGGCGAUCGAAGACGCGUGCCGUUUGGCCGGGAUCGAGGAGCGACUGAGGCACGUGCUCCGCGGGCACGGCCGCGGAAACGACGACGACGGCGACGGCGGCGGCCGCGGAGCGCACACCAACUUCUCCGCCGGCUCCACCCACGUGGACCGCCGGCUGCACCAGCUGAUGCACGCCGACAUGGACUUGGGCGGCGACGGUGCGCCGCAGGGCCAUCCUGCCGACGACGACGGCGCGGCGGUGACCGUGGAGCACUGCGAGGAGAAGGACUACUCGGUGGUGAACGUGAGGUGCAGGGACCGGCCCAAGCUGCUGUUCGACAUCGUCUGCACGCUGACGGACAUGCAGUACGUCGUCUUCCACGCCGCCGUCACCUCCGAGGGCAUCUACGGCGUCCAGGAGCUGUACAUUCGUCGCAAGGACGGGCGCACGCUGCUGAAGGACGAAGCAGAGAAGGUGACCAAGUGCCUCGAAGCGGCCAUCUCCAGAAGAGUGUCCGAGGGGUUCACGCUCGAGCUCUGCGGGAGGGACAGGGUGGGGCUGCUGUCGGACGUGACGAGGGUUCUCCGGGAGCACGGCCUGACGGUGACGAGGGCCGACGUGACGACGGUGGGGGAGCAGGCCAUGAACGUAUUCUACGUGCGCGACGCGUCGGGGCAGCCGGUGGACAUGAAGACCAUCGAGGGCCUCCGGGGACAGGUCGGCCAGACCGUCAUGCUCAACGUCAAGAAGGUGCCCGAUGGCAAGGCACCGGAGAAGACUGGUGGCAGCAUGGCCAAGACCAGCUUCUUCUCCUUCGGCGGCCUCUUCGCCAAACUAGGGGCAUAAUUUCAGCCGUUGCCCGUUGGCCCUUCCCGUCGUACAAAUUGUUGUAAAAUGGCCCCAAUUGGAGUAGUCCGUAUGGCAGCUCUUGGUGUAUUUUCUCCAACAAGUUUCCCCAUUUUCUUUGAAUUUUAACGGAGAAAAACAUCGACCCGCUUUAUAUGUAAAACAACACGGUCGAAUCGAUACAAAAUGAUAAGGAAAAUCUCUUAGAAAGCA